AAUGUUUCCAUCAAAUGUUGCACACUACUGGUUUUUAGAUUUGAAGAACAAAGAGGAAAAAAAAAAAACUAAUAAGGGGUAGAAAUUUUUUUUUGUCCCUGAUUUCAAAUUUUUUCUCAGUUCUUCCAAAUUCCUUUAGGUUUUCUUUGAGGAGGUGAUCUAUUGUCACCUCUUCUGAUUUUGUAAAUCCCUGAAUUUCGUCUACAAUGGCUUCUGACAAUCUCACCGACAAAACUAUUGUUUUCAGAAAGCUGAAAUCAAAAUCUGAGAAUAAGGUAUGCUUCGAUUGCAGUGCGAAGAAUCCGACAUGGGCAUCGGUUACAUACGGGAUUUUCCUCUGCAUCGAUUGUUCAGCUACUCAUCGGAAUCUCGGUGUUCAUAUCAGCUUCGUGAGAUCUACGAAUUUAGACUCGUGGAGCCCUGAGCAGCUCAGGACGAUGAUGUUCGGUGGUAACAACCGCGCUCAGGUGUUCUUCAAGCAGCAUGGAUGGACAGACGGCGGCAAAAUCGAGGCUAAGUACACGUCAAGAGCUGCUGAUUUGUAUAGGCAGAUUCUUGCUAAGGAAGUUGCUAAAGCCAUUGCAGAGGAAGCUACUGUUGGUCUACCUUCAUCCCCUGUUGCUCCUUCUCAGCUACCGGAAGCUGCAUCUAAUGGUGUUGCUUCUUAUGCUGCCAAGGAAGAGUUACCUCCUAAAGACACUACGAGUGCGACUUCUUCGCCUAAAGCUUCGACUACAGUUGUGCCCAGUACGUUUAAGAGACCUCUCGGUGCUAAAAGAACGGGAAAAACUGGUGGUCUUGGUGCACGGAAGAUUACUAGUAAGGCGACGGUAAACCUCUAUGAGCAGAAGCCAGAGGAAGUUGCACCGGGAUCAGCAUCUAUCUCAAGCGCUGAUUUUUUCGGUCAUGACCAAGAUGAUUCCAAUGUUGAUAUAACUGCUAGUGAUCUCAUCAACCGACUUUCUUUCCAGGCGCAACAAGAUAUCUCGUCCAUAGUGAACAUAGCCGGAGAAACGAAGAAGAAGCUUGGAACUUUGGCUUCUGGUAUCUUCAGUGAUCUUCAAGACAGAAUGCUGUAAGAAGAAGACGAGCGGCUCUCAUGGUUUUAAUUUUACAGAGAAGAAGAAAAAGAAACGAAAAAAGGCUUUGUCAGGAAACUUCUAAUGAAGUUCACGUUUCUCUCUGUUUUUAGAAAGCUUUUUUUGGAAUUCAGACGUAUUUGUUGUUAUCAACCUAUAUGAAUACUAUUGGAUAUGUCAUAGACUUUAUUAAUCUUUGUCUGUUUGCAGAGAAUUGUGUGAUUUCAUCGAUUUAGUUGUUAUGAUACAAUGUCUUGAAUGUUAAUCAGCAAAAUGAUAGAAAGAUAAUAUGGUUUUGCAAGAUUUUUAUUAGUCAUACAUGUUCAUGAU